UAUUUAUUAGAGUUAAAAAAGGCAAAAACUACAAUUCCUGCCUUUUCUUUUCCAAUUCUGGAAGGAGAGUGGAUUUAGACUACCAGUUCAGGCCACAGAAAUCAUACUCCUUGACAAUUAUGUAAAUUUGGUAAAUAUGGUAUUGUGAAGAUCACCCUAACCCCAACCCCGUUCAUGAAUAUUUGAAAAGGAGAUUUCUCUACGAAACCAAAUAUAGCUAGCGCUCAACUUACAACAGUUUGUUUAGUGACCAUUACAAUGGCAUUGAAAAAAGUGACUUGUGACCAUGGCAGCAUCUCCAUGUUUAAGAGAUCGAAGCAGGAACGACGUGAGAGCCAGGACUUCAACAAGAACAGAUUUAUUGGAAACAAACAGGAGCUGACAGCGAUUCAAAACAUCAAUUUCCGCGCCAAGGUAAACAGCAUGCUAAAUGUUCAUCCUGAACUGUGAGCAUUAAUCUACAAUCAGUAUGAAGGAUUAUCCUUUGAAAUCUAAGGCCUGAAAUCUCAGACAAAAGAGACUAUAAAUAUUUUGAUAUGGAUUCAUAAAAGAGCCCCCAAACAAUCAAGCCUGAGAAAAAGAGUAUUUUUUUGAAUGUAGUGCAUUCAAAUAAUUUGGAGCUAUUUCAGAGUGCGAAGAACAUGGCCAUUAUUUUAUCUUUUUUCAAGAAGCAAAAAUUACUGUCAAAGACACAUCGCCUGGAUAUUGACAGCUUAAACGAGGUGAAGAACAAAUGGAAGAAUUUAGGAAUGGAUGAGGGGAUGGGGAAAUGUUUCAAAGAAGUAAUGAAGAACUUUCCAAAUGAGCCUUCGUGGGUAAUGAAAAAUGCUCAGAUGGUUCUCAAGGGAGAUGAUGGGAAAGUGCUCUCUUUUGCUUCAGGAAAAAAAGAAUGGAAAAUCAAUGUUUCUGCUGGAGACUACAAGUACCAUGUCAAAGCCCCAUCAAAAUCUGGAUAUCUGGCCAGAUUACGCUCUCGGCUGCAACCCCUUAGCACUGGACAUUUAGAAAAGGUGAAAAGAGACUUGGAGACAUUUGGCCCAUUGACUCAGGUUGAGAAGAGUUGCUUCGAGUUGGUACUCCAGAGGUUCCCCCAGAAACCGAGUCAAAUACAAAAUAAUGCCCAGAUAAAAUUCAGCUUUGACAUGGAUGGAGAAAAUGUGGAAUAUGUAUUCAUCUCAGGGGAAGGAGAUUACAAACUGGACGUUACUCAUUCCAAUGGGCAACCUCAGUACCGUGAACUACAUACAAGUUUAGGCAACAAACUAGAGAAUUUCUCGUGUUCUCUUCAAACACUGGACGUUGGCAACUUGAGGGGAAUUAAAAGUGAAUUAGCCCAAUUGGAUUUGCUAACCGACAGCCUCAAAUCAUGUUUUAAUAUCCUUGUGGAUAAGUUGCCUGAAUAUCCUGGCAUCAAUAAGAAUCUCCAAAUUGAUUUCACCUGCUAUGAGCAAGGCCUAUCUGUAAACUCCGAAGAUUGGAAGAUCAUCGCACAGUGUAAAGACGGAAAAGUAGAUUUCAACUUCGAAUCACAAACUUGGGACAUGUUUCUAAAGCAGAAUUUUUACCCUUGUAAAACACAUGAGCUCACUGUGGAAAAACUGGAGGGAAUGAGGACAAAAGUCCGAAAUCUGUUGGGAGUACCUCAGAGUGUCCAUGACAGAAUCAACAAAGCACUAGAUACAUUUCGCAAGGAAAUAUCAUGUUUGCAAAAGAAUGCUCGCCUUAUUAUUCGGUGUGACCAAGGAGAGAUGGUUUUCAAAUCUGGCAAAGGGGAGAACAUAAUUGAUACAUUCAACACUGGUGGUGUCAUCCAUUGUAAGAUAUAUCGUACUUUGGCAAUUACCAUACUGAUGUUCAUAUGGAGGUUGCCUAAACACAUUCCAGAUAUUUUAACUGCAGUACGUUUUUUGCUACCUUGUUUGGGAUGUCCCGUUCAUUGAGGCCAUUACUUGGGAUAAAGCUAUUUCAGUGAGGGGUAAAUUGUAUUGAACAAUGAUUGCUGUAGGAACAUCAUUAUUGCCACGUGUUUUAAAUAUGCAUUAAAAACUUUUUCUAACA